GUAUGGGAGAUAAUCCCGCGACGCGUUGUUUUCGUGCUCACCAGAAACUUGACUGAAAAAAAGGCGAAAUUAUAUUGGUAAACGGAAACGGUCUCGCAAAAACUGAGCCAGUUUCAUUGAUCGAGUGUGUUGUUUUUAUGUGAAAAACGGGCAGUUUGUACGAGUGAAAGGUCUGAGACUGGCCGCACACCGUGGUUGUUUCCCAGGAAUGGAUAUUUAGCGGAGUUUCGUUGAUUAUGUUGAUUCCAUGGGCGAAGAAGGCAUGGUGUUUUGAAACGGCGCUUUGACGCACGUUGAUCUGUGUAAUUUGUGUUCGGAACUAGUUUGGAAAAAUUCAGUGAGGAGUUUGUUUCGUCUUAUUUUUUUUUUCUGUAUUGGACCGGUUUUGUACAUGGAGGGAUUCAAAUGACUAUCAGAUUGUCGAUAUUCGAACACUUUUGCCACGAACAGAUUGCCUUCUUAGUCUGUGUUGAAUCGAAUGAUGGAGGAAGACCCCGGGUCACGGGCAUUCGGCAAUAGCCCCCAGUGAAGAUGCCCAUGGUACUGGCGCGGCAGCGGCCCAGCCAAAGCAGCAGCGGACGUCGUCGUCGAGUGCUGGUCCAGCAGGAAACUUCGCACCGGUCCCGGAAAGACCCAUGAGCAGGCGCAGCGACUGAUGGCCUCCACGGGCUCCACACACGCGGCCCAUCGAAGGCGCAACAAUUUCGGCUGGUUCAUCGCCGGACGGGGCAACAACGGACCGUGUCAGGCGGCCGUCGUUGUCAUCAUCCACUGGCUGAUCCUGUCGACGUAUGCCCAGACGUUGAGCGCCGCCGACGCUACCCUUCAAAAUGAAAGCGGAAUUUGUAAAAGCAUGGAUAUUAGAAAUACAUUGGAUACGUUCAAAAGGUUAGAGGGUUGCAGAGUUGUGGAGGGUUUCGUGCACGUGCUGCUGUUUGACAAUGUGAACGAAACAAAGCUAGCCGAAUUGAGUUUUCCGAAUUUGAUCGAAAUAACUGAUUAUUUAUUAUUGUACAGAGUGAAUGGUCUACGUAGUAUUGGUCAGCUCUUUCCUAAUUUGGCAGUGAUACGCGGUGAGAAUUUGUUUUUGCACAAAUAUGCGUUCGUCGUGUUCGAAAUGUCCCGUUUGCAAGAGAUCGGUCUGUACUCACUGAUGGACAUAACCAAAGGCAACGUAAGAAUAGACAAGAAUCCGUCGUUGUGCUUCGCCAAAUCGAUCGACUGGAAUAAAAUUUGUCACGAGAGCGACGAACCGCCGACUAUCUACAGUUUAAAGCCCGACAACGAGUGUCCGAUAUGUCCCGGUGAGAAGGACGUGAACGACGGUACGAAAAUCAAAAAGUGCAACAAGUCAACCGAUCCGGCAUUAGCGGACGUCCCGUACGGACAUUUAUGUUGGAACCGUCAACACUGCCAAAAAAUAUGCCCGCCACAUUGUCGUUCGUGCAAUGACAAGGGUGAGUGCUGCGACGACCUCUGUAUCGGAGGUUGUGCGAAUAAUAACGUGUCCUCGUGUGUCGCAUGUAGGAAUUAUGAUAUGGGAUUGAAGGAAAGAGUGUGCGUGAAAAGCUGUCCUGACACAUAUUUUAAGUAUUUAGGCCGAUGUAUAACGAAAGACGAGUGCAUAAAUAUGACGAGGCCCAUUGAUUUUGAUCCAACGAACGAAAUUGAAAAGCCUUAUAAAAUAUUUAAAGACUCUUGUGUCCUGAAAUGUCCGCCCGAGUACAGCGACGAUUACGAAAACCAUACCUGCAAACCAUGCCAUGGUCGGUGUCGAAAAGAAUGUAAUGGCAUAAACGUAGAUAGUAUUGCUGUAGCACAACAGUUAAAGGGUUGUACCAUUAUAACAGGCUCUCUCGAAAUCCAAAUCCGUGGAGGAACUAACGCUGUCACUCAAUUAGAAGAGAAUCUGGGAAUGAUUGAAGAAAUACACGGCUACUUAAAGAUCGUAAGAUCGUUUCCUUUAGUGUCGUUAAACUUUUUCAAAAGUCUCAAGUUGAUCCGAGGCGACACCUUAGAUAACGGAAUGUACAUAUUCACGGUGUUAGACAAUCAGAACCUUCAAGAGCUGUGGGAGGACCUGCCGAAUCGCACGUUAAAAAUAAACAAUAAGGGCUCGUUAUUUUUCCACUUCAAUCCGAAGCUUUGCAUCAACAAAAUUGAAAUGUUGCGUAACAAAACUGGGCUGCGACCGUUCACCGAUGUCGAAGUCGCCAAAAGUUCAAACGGUGACAAAAUUGCGUGUAACGUCACGGAACUUUAUGUCAACGUCACAAGAAUUACCAGCCAAGGAGUGAUCUUACGUUGGGACCCAUUCCAACUGAGCGGUGAUGACAGGCCGCUCUUGGGCUACAUCGUAUACAGCAUAGAAGCUCCCUAUCAGAAUGUUACGGUCUACGAUGGCAGAGAUGCUUGCGAAGUUGACGAUUGGAGGUUGGAUGAUGUAGCUAAAAGUAACGAUGUUGUGACCCACCCGUUGUUAAAUUUAAAGCCUUACACCCAAUACGCCUACUACGUCAAGACCUACACGGUGGCCACCAUAUCCGAAGGUGCCCAAAGUAAAAUCAAGUACUUCCGAACGCUGCCGUCAAUGCCAAGUAACCCGCAAAGGCUUCAAGUUGUGAGCAACAGCAGUGAUAGCUUAAAGAUAACCUGGAAGCCUCCUCAUGAACCUAAUGGAAACGUUACCUAUUACAUUGUUACCGGAAAAAAAUAUGCCAAUGAAAAUAGCGAGUCAAAGGAUAGGAAUUAUUGUGCAGAUCCUCCAAGAGAAACCAAAGUGACUCCAAAGCAACCAACAGUGAAUACGGAGAAUAAGAACGACACAUGUCAUUGUGACAACAACCAACCGUCCAAAAACAAACAUAUAGACGAAGGAGAACAAGCCAGAAGGAUAAAAUUCGAAGACGAUUUGCAGAACAUCGUCUAUGUUAAAAGGGAGUCCGGACCGACGAGAAGAAAGAGGGAUGUAUCUAGCCACGGUAGUGGCUCAGACCUUACGUUGAAACAGAUGAUCAAGAACGCCAAGUUUGAGCAGGAAGUGCAGAACAUCUUUCUUUCAUCUGAUGGACCUCAUGGAAGGGGAAAACGGGAAAUAGACAAAAGUUUCCCAAACACCACAGAAAACGCCAAAAGCUACAUAACCAAAAUAAAUAACGUGACUGAGAACGGCACUAAUAUAUGGGUUUCCUUUAGUUUUAUGGUUUUCGGAAAGACCGAGUUUUAUAUCAAAAAUUUACACCACUACACCUACUACGAAAUAUCGGUGCAGGCAUGUAGAGAAAAAAUUAUGAAUGACACCGAGAACCUUUGUAGUCCAACUACCUACAACACUGCCAGAACGUUGAAGAAAGCUGGAGCGGAUGAUAUUAAGAAUUUCAGGAUAAGCAAUCAGACGGAAGACACUGUCAUACUUACGUGGGAACAACCAGAAGAUCCCAAUGGUGUGAUCUACUCAUACACCUUGGAUAACAAUAAAAUAAGCAAAGAUUCACAACAUGGAGAUGAAAUUUACAUUGGCCUAACUACCCACUGCAUAACCCAAAAGGAACUGAAGAAGCAGGCCAACUCCAAAAUCGUGACCUACUCAGUAAAAAAUAUAGCUACAGGCAACUACAGUUUCACAGUCAGAGCCAGAACGUCAGCUGGCCUAGGAGCACCGUCCGAGACACUUUACUUCUACGUACGAGAAUCCUCCAACCACAUUGUUUACGUCCUAAUAGCCUUCUUCUUGGUGGUUAUUGCGAUCAUCGUAGCCGGAGCGGUGGUUUGGAGGAAACACGUUAGGGAAAAGCAUCUGAGGUUGUUCCCGACUGUGAAUCCGGAGUAUGUGCCCAGUAAAUACAUACAGGACGAGUGGGAAGUCCCCAGGGAUAAGAUCAAGUUAAUCCGGGAACUGGGUCAGGGCAGCUUCGGCAUGGUGUGGGAGGGUGAGGCCAGGGACCUACGCGGACAGGCCUUCGUCCGCUGUGCAGUGAAAACUGUCAACGAACACGCAACGAACAGUGAAAGAAUGGAGUUCUUGAACGAGGCAUCUGUGAUGAAGGCCUUUGACACAGCGCACGUCGUCAGGCUGUUGGGAGUGGUGUCCCAGGGACAGCCCACCUUAGUAAUCAUGGAACUGAUGUCCAACGAAGACUUGAAGAGUUACCUCCGAUCCCAUAGACCAGACGCCGACAACUUCAAUCCGGCCACCAGACGUCACCCACCUAGUUUAAGGCAGAUUUAUCAGAUGGCAAUUGAAAUUGCGGACGGUAUGGCGUAUUUGUCAGCGAAAAAGUUCGUGCAUCGAGAUCUGGCAGCCAGAAACUGCAUGGUGUCCGAGAAUUUGACCGUGAAGAUUGGCGAUUUCGGUAUGACUAGAGACGUUUACGAAACUGAUUAUUACCGGAAGGGCACCAAGGGUUUGUUACCAGUUAGGUGGAUGGCACCGGAAAGUUUGAGAGAUGGUGUGUUUAGUAGUAGCAGUGAUACUUGGAGUUAUGGAGUUGUGCUUUGGGAAAUGGCCACUCUGGCUUCACAGCCGUAUCAGGGUUUGGCCAACGAUCAAGUGUUGAGAUACGUUAUUGAUGGUGGUGUUAUGGAAAGACCUGAAAACUGUCCGGAUAAGCUAUACAGUUUGAUGAGACGGUGUUGGCACCCUCUACCCGGUGAAAGACCUACAUUCUUCGAAAUUUGUUCUUUGUUAUUGGAUGACGCUACUCCACAGUUCGCCCAGGUUUCAUUUUACCACAGCGCGGCAGGAAUAGAAGCGAGGGCUUCUCAGGCUCAAGCGUCUUCCUCUCAGGAUGAUCAAACUACUCCCCUUCGGCGUGCUAGUGAAGAUGAUGAUGAGACCGACGAAGAGGACUCGGAUCAGGAUAUCAUUCCUAGCACCCGUAUCUCAUUUCCAACAGCGAAUGGAUACGGAUGUCCGACUAAUGGUGCAGCUACUACACAGUGUUAGCUACAUAUCACAUAUUCCUGAUCUGACUGGGACAUUGUUUAAAAUGAUAUUUACUUAGUUGUAAGUUGAAUUUACCAAAGAUAGUGAAGCGUUAGGACUUCAGUGUGCAAAGUGAGGCAAGUCUUACAUACCUUAUGGUACUCGUACUCAAUUGGAAAUAUGUAUUUACUGAUAUUUAAUUUCGUUUUACAAAUGGAACUAUGCCUAAAUAAUUUAAUGUGUACUGAGUGUAUCAAUGGACAUUUUCUGGAUUUUAAAUGCAUCGCCUGAUUAUGAGUUCCUGUUUUUCUACCUUGUAAAGGGUAGUCACAUUUAACUAUGUUAUAACCGUAUCUAUUACUUACUAUUUAUAUUUUAAUUAUAUUUUGUACUAUGUAAUAUAAUGUACAUUCUCUAUUAUUUUAUAUAAAAUAAAAUAAGUUAUUCUACA